AUAAAAUUGUGGUCGGCAACGUUUUUGAAGCAGAUUCCUCAACAACAAACAUACCAAUGGACCCGUUGGUAAUUCCACUGGAGACGGACAAUCAUCCAAUUCCGGACAUAAAAUACGAAUAUUUGGACCACACAGCUGAUGUGCAAUUGCACGCCUGGGGCGAAACGCUGCGGGAAGCGUUCGAGCAGUGCGGGAUGGCCAUGUUCGGCUACAUGACCGAACUGGACACCGUUGGCAUCAGCCGGUGCUACCAGAUCCGGACGGAUCCGACCGACGACCUGGAGAACUUGCUGUUUCGCUUCCUGGACGAGCUGCUGUUUCUGUUCUCGGCCGAGCCGUACCAGAUCUGCAAGAAGCUGGAAAUUACCAAGUUCGACACGGAGAACUUUUGCAUCGAGUGCCGCUGUUACGGCGAGGAGUUUGAUCUGAAAAAGCACCCACAGGGCACGGAAGUUAAGGCCAUCACGUACUCGGCCAUGCAGAUCAACCAGCGGCCCGAGCACGAACAGAACGAGGUGUUUGUGAUAAUCGACAUUUGAAUAAAGCGUGCUUGGUUUAAACCUAA